GGUGUACAUGGGCGGCCUGGAUUGUGACAUGGUAAAUGAAACCAGCGGGGAACUCUACCAACUGGAAUCGCGAAGCCUCAGAUGUCAGGUAACCAGUAAGUACAUCGGACCCAUGAACGGAACCACCUACGUAACUGAACGCGGUGUCUCAGUCAACCGGAAAUGGGGAAUUUACGUCGAUUCUCAGGACAGACUGUUCCAGCACCACACCUACGCAGGAGUUGAGAGCGUGAGUCCCAGCAGCGGAUCCUCGCAGGGAAACACUCUGUUGACUGUCACGGGUGUUGGCUUCGACCCAUACCCCGGCAAGACUGAGGUGUGGGUUGGAGGAGCCGAGUGUGUGAUCCAGGAUGUGCAAGACGAGACUCUCACCUGCUUGACGCCAUCGCAAGAUGAGACUGGGCCGGCAUCAGGUAAAAAUUGUUAAGAAACUAUUAGACCAGGUUUAUGAUCCU